AUGGUCCGGAUAACAACACUACUCAGCCUCGCCGCCCUCCUCUCCCCCGCUCUCGCCAUCACGUGCAACCCCGGCACAUGGGCACAAGGCGACCACUGCCAGGCGUGCCAAUCGGGCUACCAAUGUCCGGACGGUGUGAAUCAGUACCCGUGUAAUGCUGGGUACUACGCCAAUUCCGGGAAUACGGGCUGUCUUGUAUGCCCAACGGGUGCCUACUGCCCGAACAGCGCCUUAUCAUCAUACAAGCCCUGCGACGCAGGCACAUAUCAAGACCAAGUCGGGCAAACGCAGUGCAAAGACUGCGCUGCAGGCACAUAUACAGCCGCGAUGGGUCAAACAGGCUGCUGCAACUGCUGUCCCGGCUCGUUCAAUUCCCAAACCCACCAGACCCACUGCCAAGCCUGCGCGAACGGCAAGCUUUCCCCCGCGGGGUCGACCAGCCAGAACCAGUGUACGGGUACCACUUGGGCUAGCCCGCCGGCUUGUACCACCCCGAGCACGUCUUCGACUUGUCCUGCUAGCUCGCAGCGGCGGAGGCACGUCUCUACCCGACGACGUGAGUGCCCUAAGGACGGGCAGAAGAUCUGCCCUAUCCUCCACGGGCGAGGUGGAGAGGAGUGCGUAGACGUCGAGACGGAUCUGGAGUCCUGCGGAGGGUGCAUGGAUAGCCCGCCCGAGCUUGGAGGGGGCGUCGACUGCACACAGAUCCAAGGGGCUAGGGACGUCGCUUGCCGUAAGGGGAAGUGCGUGGUCAGCCGAUGCGCACCAGGGUGGAGGUUGAACGCGGACAAGAGCGAGUGCGUGCCCAGAUUAAAGGCGCAGACGAUGGCGCAGGGCAGGGGUGGACCGGCGAGAGCGCAUGCGGCGUUCGUCAGGUCGCAUCACUUGUAG